CGGGGUGUGGAGGAGGCAAAAAGCCACUGGGGGAGGCCAGUCCAGAUCAGUGCCGUCUGGCUCCGGCUCCUGAUCCUGUGCGGAGCAACAGCCGCGGUCGCAGUCUCAGCCGCCGCCUCCGCCUCCAUCGUCGUCGGGGGAGGGGCCAGCCGGACCCCGGGGUCACAGCCGAGGAAUGAGGAGAGGCGGCCGGGCCCCGCGCUCCGCCCCGGCCUAGGGCCUUGCCCCGGGAGCCGCGAGGGUGGAGGGCUGAGUUUUGAUCUAUGUCCACCCUAUCUCAGCUGCCUGAAAGUACUUAAUGAUCACAUGACCCUGGACAUGGAUGCUGUCCUGUCGGAUUUUGUCCGUUCCACAGGCGCAGAGCCUGGGCUGGCCCGAGAUCUCCUGGAAGGAAAGAAUUGGGACGUGAGUGCCGCCCUCAGUGAUUUUGAACAGCUACGUCAAGUUCGUGCUGGGAACCUGCCGCCACCCUUUAGUGAAGGGAGUGGUGGCUCCAGGACCCCUGAAAAAGGGUUUUCUGAUAGAGAGUCUGCCCGCCCUCCCCGGCCCACCCUACAGCGGCAGGAUGACAUCGUUCAAGAAAAACGCCUGUCUAGGGGCAUCUCCCACGCCAGCUCCAGCAUUGUUUCCCUGGCCCGAUCCCAUGUCUCCUCCAAUGGUGGGGGUGGGGGGAGCAGUGAGCACCCCCUGGAAAUGCCCAUCUGUGCCUUCCAGCUUCCAGAUCUCACUGUGUACAACGAAGACUUCCGCAGCUUCAUAGAGAGAGACCUUAUUGAACAGUCCAUGUUGGUUGCCUUGGAACAGGCAGGGCGUUUGAACUGGUGGGUGAGUGUGGACCCUACCUGCCAGAGGCUGCUUCCUUUGGCAACUACUGGGGAUGGAAACUGCCUUCUCCAUGCAGCCUCCCUAGGCAUGUGGGGUUUCCAUGAUCGGGACUUGAUGUUGCGUAAAGCUUUGUAUGCACUGAUGGAGAAAGGAGCUGAGAAGGAAGCAUUAAAACGGCGCUGGAGGUGGCAGCAAACACAGCAGAAUAAGGAGUCAGGGCUGGUUUACACAGAGGAUGAGUGGCAGAAGGAAUGGAAUGAGCUGAUCAAGCUUGCCUCGAGUGAACCCCGCAUGCAUCUAGGUACGAACGGAGCCAACUGUGGUGGGGUGGAGAGCUCAGAGGAGCCCGUGUAUGAGAGCCUAGAAGAAUUCCACGUCUUUGUCCUUGCCCAUGUACUUAGGAGGCCCAUAGUUGUUGUGGCCGACACCAUGCUGAGGGACUCUGGUGGGGAAGCAUUUGCCCCUAUUCCCUUUGGGGGAAUCUAUCUGCCUUUGGAGGUCCCAGCCAGCCAGUGUCACCGCUCCCCUCUGGUGCUCGCCUAUGAUCAGGCCCACUUUUCUGCACUUGUGUCCAUGGAGCAGAAGGAGACCGCCAAGGAACAAGCUGUGAUCCCACUCACGGAUUCGGAGCAUAAGCUGCUGCCCUUGCACUUUGCUGUGGACCCUGGAAAGGGCUGGGAGUGGGGCAGAGAUGACAGUGACAACGUCCGAUUGGCCAGUGUAAUCCUGUCCCUAGAGGUCAAAUUGCACCUGCUGCAUGGCUACAUGAAUGUGAAGUGGAUCCCAGUGUCCUCUGAUGCACAGGCUCCUCUGGCCCAACCUGAGUCCCCCACAGCCUCAGCUGGAGAUGAGCCCCGGUCCACUCCUGAGUCUGGGGAAUCAGACAAAGAGUCCGUCGGCAGCAGUUCCACGAGCAAUGAGGGCAGCAAGCGGAAAGAGAAGGCAAAACGAGGUCGAGAGAAAGACAAGAAGAGAGCAGACUCCGUGGCUAACAAACUGGGCAGCUUUGGCAAAACCUUGGGCAGCAAGCUCAAGAAGAACAUGGGCGGCCUGAUGCACAGCAAGGGUUCUAAGCCCGGAGGGAUGGGAGCAGGGGCGGGGGUAAGCAGUGGCACUGAGACACUGGAGAAGAAGAAGAAGAACUCCCUGAAGAGCUGGAAGGGGGGCAAGGAGGAGGCAGCUGGGGAUGGGCCUGUGUCUGAGAAGCCCACGGUGGAGUCUGUCGGUAACGGAGGGAGCAAGUAUAGCCAGGAGGUGAUGCAAAGCCUGAGCAUCAUGAGGAUUGCAAUGCAAGGGGAGGGGAAGUUUAUUUUUGUUGGAACCCUGAAGAUGGGUCACCGUCAUCAGUAUCAGGAGGAAAUGAUCCAGCGCUACCUUUCUGAUGCCGAAGAGCGAUUCCUGGCAGAGCAGAAGCAGAAGGAAGCAGAGAGGAAGCUCCUGAAUGGAGGGCUAGGCGGCGGGCCUCCUCCAGCCAAAAAGCCAGAGCCAGAUGGUGGGGAGGAGUUGCUGACUGCCCCUCCAGCAGAGUCCAAGGCGAUGGCAUUCUCUGCUGGCUACCCCGGGGGCUUUACUGUCCCUCGGUCUACAGGGGCUGGGGUCCACUGCCAGGAGCCCCGGCGGCAGCUGGCAGGGGGUCCUUGUGGGGGAGGCCUACCACCAUAUGCCACCUUCCCCAGACAGUGCCCUCCAGGGCGACCCUACCCCCAUCAGGACUGCAUCCCUUCUCUGGAGCCAGGCAGUCACUCCAAGGAUGGCGGUCACAGGGGUGCGUUGUUACCACUCCCCUUCCGCGUGGCUGAUUCCUAUAGCAACGGCUACAGAGAGCCCCCUGAGCCAGAUGGAUGGGCUGGAGGUCCCCGGGGGCUUCCUCCGGCCCAGACCAAAUGCAAACAACCGAACUGCAGCUUCUAUGGACACCCGGAGACAAACAACUUCUGCUCCUGCUGUUACAGGGAAGAACUGAGGAGGAGGGAGCGGGAACCCGGUGGGGAGCUGCUGGUGCACAGGUUCUGAGUGGGGGAACCUUGGAGGGCAAGGGGGCUAAACAAAGAGAGUUAAGCUCCACUAAUUGGCUCAUCAAGACCCAGCCCCCAUGCAAAUGGGGCAAGUGCAGUAACGUUGGUGGGAGCCUGGCUGGAAACUUUGAAGUGGGUGCGCGCUCGAGAGCUGCCAGGCUGGCAAGAGCAGGGCAGGGCCAGACGGUGCCUGGAGGGCUCCACUGGUCCUUUGCCAAUCUUGAUGGGACUGAGGAAGUAUGGGGUGGGGCGGGGAGAUGCUGAUUCUGUCUCAUAACUGCUUGGGUACACCCCAGGACCUAAGGGAAAGGGGAAGGUUUAGUGUGUGGGAGUGGGGAGGUGGGCAGAAGU